AUGUCGACCCUGCGCUUUGGACAACACCUCAUCAAGGCCUCUGCUGUGUUCCUGCAGACAGAACUGUCCUUUGCUCUCGUCAACAGGAAACCUGUGGUGCCUGGACAUGUUCUGGUUUGCCCGCUGAGACAAGUGGAGCGUUUUCGUGAUCUUCAACCUGAUGAGGUAACAGACUUAUUCAUCGCCACCCAGAGAGUUGCCACCUUGGUAGAAAAACACUUCAAUGCCACCUCGCUGACCAUUGCCAUCCAGGAUGGCCCUGAAGCGGGACAAACUGUGAAGCAUGUCCAUGUCCAUGUGCUUCCCAGGAAGGCAGGCGACUUUGACCGCAAUGAUAGUGUCUAUGAUGAGCUCCAAAAACAUGAUAGGCAAGAUGAAGACGUGCCCUCAAAAUGGAGAUCAGAGGAAGAGAUGGCAGCUGAGGCGUCCAUCUUGAGAAAUCAAAUUGAGAACUCUUGA